AUGCAUGACACGGUGGGUGGUCCGAACCCUUCUGCAGUUAGGGUAGCCGGCUGGUCCAACUUUACUGGCUCAAACCCUAUUGCUGCCAUGUUCAGUUCCAUCUACAUGAUGGACAAUCCGCUCAUUGUCACUCCUACUCUAAACUCAACCGUGAUGGGCCGCGCUCAGGGGAUUUAUGGUAUGUCAUCUCAGCACGAUGAGCUUAGCCUUCUGAUGACGCUUACGUACAACUUCAUUAUCGGUUCCUACAAUGGAAACUCAUUCAGUGUCAUUGCUCAGAAUCUGAUUGCAAAUGAGGUUAGGGAAAUGUUGGUUGUCGGAGGCAUGGGGAUGUUUAGGCUAGCUCGCGGAUACUGCUUAGCCAAGACAUAUUCGACGAACUAA